GUUCCGACCAUGUUCGCUCGCAAGUUCCGUUCAUGUUCGCUCGCAAGUUCCGUUCAUGUUCGCUCGCAAAGUUUUGCCCAUGUUCAGUCGCAUACUUACGCACCAGACGGCCCUAGAUAUAUCGAACCCCUAUAGAUCUUAUAAAGAUCUUUCGACCAUUUCCAACUAGGAUAUAUCGACCUUCGAAUUCCUUGGACGAGGGGGGUUUUAGCGGCGGUAAGGCAAGAAUACGGACCGGAGCCCCACUUGAACCCCUCCUAAGUUCCACCUGUCAUAAACUUAAUCUUACCCCUCUUUCUCCCCUUUACAUACUUUACAUACUUAAAUCACAACCUAACUUCUCUCUAAUAGAUACUAUCGCACAACACCUGUUGGUCAUCGCGACGGUACGGAGUACCAAGAUAAUCACCAUGGCGUCCCAACAGAUUCGAGCCACGCCGCCCUCUAAAGACGCUAUGCUCAAUUCCUUCCUCGAAAUCGUCCGUAAUUACAAUGCGCGCCCACCGCCCGGACGCAACAAGAUCGUCUUUCCCGCGUGUCAACUCGUCGUGGAAAUGCCCCUGCUUUUGAACCGGCCUAGCGAGCCCCUCCCAUGCAGGGAGUCGCCGGCCGUGUUCGAGGCCAUCAACGCCCACUUCUCAGCCCAAGUGCACGCGUUUUUCAACGCACUGCAUGACCUCGAGGAUAUGGCAGACAAACCGUCCUCGGACGACCUGGAACUCCUCCACCAGGAUGAAUGGCUUCGGCCCGUCAUCCAGAUCACCAACCAGUCUUUCGACAACCCCGAAGGCAACGAUGACUGCGUGCACCGCUGCUACCACACUCGCCGCCUCACUGUCCAAAACCCGGAGAGCCUACCUCUCCUCAACCGCGUCAUACAACUGCGCAUCUUCCACGACAACGCUUACAGCCCAGAUCCGGCCAACAUGCGGCCCGUCUCCAUGCGCACGCCCCUCGAACUCGCUACCCGCCUCCCUCACCUUCGCGAGCUACACUGCCCCUGGCUAUGGGAGGAAUUUCCCAUUGCCUUCACAUCUCAGGCGAUGCGGAGAAUUGCUCGCGUCUGGGAAGGCCCUUGGCGUGAUGCCCGCGUUGAGUUCGGGCGGGGUGUGCGUCAUGUCAUGCCCUUGUUGCCGUCCUCCCUCACCAAGGUCAGUCUCUGGUUCUGGAGGACCAACGCCUAUGGGCGUGAGGACCAAGCGGUGCAGAUGCCUGACCUUGUCGGCGCAUCCUUGUCGUCGCCAUCGACCAAUGAGUUUGAAGGCAUGGACCCUGUGUCUCUUGGGUUGCGAGACCUGGGGAGUCGCCUGGAGGAACUAGACGUCAUCGCGCUCAUCACCCCUGAUCUUUUCCAUUCUAGCGGCGACGGUUUGUUAUGGCCACGAAUGGUGCACCUCAAAGUAGAAUUCCACCCGUGCGCGCCUAACGGCACCUGGUACUUUUCCGGCCCGAGAGGCGAGAAUCCCCACUCGACAGGAUUCGCCAUCACGAGAGAGGAGCACUACCCGUCCGAAGGCCUGGAAUACGACGACGAGACGCACGCCUUAUGGGAUGAUGAGGAGGAAGAGUACUGGGGUGAUGAGGGCAUAUACGAACACUACACGCCCGAUAUGUUCCGUACGCGCCCCAUCGUGGAGCGCAUCAACCCUUUGCUCUUAGAGUUCGCCUCAUCUCUACAACGGCAAAAGAUGCCCUCCCUUCAAGACGCUGAGCUAUUUACGUGGCUUACGUGGCGGCCCUCGAAGGACCGAGUUCAAGAGUAUGAAGGGAGUGAUGAGGUGCCUCCUACUACAGAUGUGGAGCAGACCGUUAUGUUCCGAUGGGGGGUGAGAUACGAUGCGCCUAAAGGAGAUGGGAAAGGAAAAGUGACGUGGCAGGUCGGUGACUGGAGGCCGGAGGACAAAGUCAUUGCGGCGUUUAAGGAUCUUGUGGGCGGGGAGGGGGAGAACAUAGAGUGGAAAGCGUUUGAGUAUAUAGAAGAGAGGGAGCAAGAUGUAGAAGCCUUUAUCUGAUGAGACCUACCUAGGUAGGUAACUAUUACAGAAUUAACAGGACAGGCUGGUAGAACAGACUCACUCCUUUUCAACAUUCUAACGGAAGGCCGACAGUUGCGCUCACAGCUACUGGCAAGCACGAGAGAAAACAUUCCUUUCCUUCAAUCGAUCCUUAUCUAUAUAUGUACCUACUCCCUAUAUGGUUAAACUAUCUAUAAAGGAAACUACCAAAGAUGUCACUAGCACAGCAGCAUUAUUCGCCCCCCUAGUCCUACUAAGCACUAACGCCGACACAAUACGCCUCCCCUAACCAAUAAUUCGUCACACAAUCGCUACUCACAGCCGGAUUCCACGCCAAAAACUGUGCCAAUGUAAGGCCCGCCUGGCUCGCCAUAUCCGUGCAGGAUAGACCGUCAGUCACAACAGCCCACUUAUUGCAGUUGUCUGGCGAGCCGGUCAUGGUCGGUGCAGGAGGCGUUGGCUUAGAAGUAGUCGUAGGUGCAGUCGUCGUCGGGGUAGAGGCGCCAGCGACACCAACACAGUACGCCUCGCCCAGCCAGUAGUUGGUGCUACAGUCGGAACUGACAGCCGGGUUCCAUGCUAAGAAUUGGGCGAGGGAAAUGCCAGCCUGGGUGGCCAUGUCUGUGCAGGAGAGGCCAUCAGUGACGAGGGACCACUUGUUGCAGUCGGCAGGCGAGCCGGUCAUGGUUGGGCCAGGCGGUGUUGGUUUUGUGGUCGUGAGACCACCGGUACUUGUGGGAGCUGCGGUGGUUGUUGGACUGCUGUCGUCACCCGAGAUACCAACGCAGUAGGCCUCGCCUAGCCAGUAGUUGGUGGAACAGUCGGAACUUACAGCCGGGUUCCACGCUAGGAAUUGUGCGAGGGAAAUGCCAGCCUGGGUGGCCAUGUCUGUGCAGGAGAGGCCAUCGGUGACGAGGGACCACUUGUUGCAGUCGGCAGGCGAGCCAGUCAUAGUUGGGCCAGGCGGCGUUGGUUUUGUGGUUGUGGGACCGCCGGUGCUUGUAGGGGAUCCGGUGGUUGUUGAACUGCCGUCGUCGCCCGAGAUACCGACGCAGUAGGCUUCGUCAACCCAGUAGUUGAUCGAGCAGUCUGAUGAAACGGCCGGGUUCCAUGCUAGGAAUUGCCCGAGGGUGAUGCCGGCUUCAGAGACCAGGUCCGCGCAGGACAACCCGUCCGUGACGAGGACCCACUCGUUACAGUCUGCGGGCGAGCCUGACAUGGUCGGUCCUGGUGGUGUCGCGGAAGUUGGGGUAGCUGUACUGUCCUGUUCGAUAUACCAUGAGCCGCAGUAGCGAACGCCCUUUUCAAAUGCGCACGCCGGAUCCGAGGCGUUGCCGAGGCCGGGAUUCCACAAGCCAAAUUCCUCAAGGUCGACGUUGUAGGUGUCCGCGGCGAGUUGGCAGUUGCUGCCGAAGGUGGAGCCGGUGAGGUUGAACUGGAAGUCGUCUCCGGCGAAGUAGUGCACGCAGUCGUCGCGCGUGCCCGUGGCUUCGGGGAGGGGCGUGUAUAGUCGGG